AUGGGUUUCCUCAGCUCAGUGCAAAUGACAGCGGGGUUUGUUGUUAACAAGAAAGGUGGAAUGGAAAAACAGUCAAACGCUGUGAACGGGAGACAUCGAGAACGUAUCAACAAGACAACCUUUAAUUGGAUUUAUCUUUCAACUAUCUGAUUAGUUAGGGAGAGUAUACAUUGAACCGCAGAUGACUGUAUAUUAUUUGUACACAUCCAAAGUGUUUCUGGAUCUGUUGUUAGCCAGGAAGCUAACAUUAUAGCUAGAUGGUGAUGUGUUUGUGAUUUGGCUGGCUGGCUGAUUGUUUCAAGUUGUUUUAUGGAGCUAGGUAGCCUGUGUGCUACAAAAAUAGUAGCUAGUUUGUCACUACCGUGAUUGUAGGUUAGCAAACAAGCUAACUAACCAGUGGCGCUACAUUGUUACUGUAGCUAGCGAGCCUCGACGUUUACAGGAUGAAUAACGUUAGCAGUCGAAAACACCAGCUUUUUAAAGGAGUCGAAGUGAGCUGCUGUGUCAAAUACUUCUUGUUUGGAUUUAACAUCAUAUUCUGGUUACUAGGAGCAGGCUUCCUGGGCAUAGGGCUGUGGGCAUGGGCCGAGAAGGGGGUGCUGUCCAACAUGGCGUCCAUAACAGACCUGGGAGGCUUCGACCCUGUGUGGCUGUUCAUCGUAGUGGGAGGAGUCAUGUUCAUCCUGGGAUUCGCUGGCUGCAUCGGGGCGUUACGGGAAAACACCUUGCUGCUCAAAUUUUUCUCAGUGUUCCUGGGCCUGAUCUUCUUCUUGGAGCUGACAGCAGGCAUCCUGGCCUUUGUGUUUAAAGACUGGAUCAAAGACCAGCUCAACUUCUUCAUCAACAACAACGUCAAGGCUUACCGCGACGACAUCGACCUGCAGAACCUCAUAGACUUCACACAGGAAUAUUGGUCGUGCUGUGGAGCCCACGGUUCUAAUGACUGGAACCUGAAUAUCUACUUCAACUGCACAGAGUUUAACCCCAGUAGAGAGCGCUGUGGCGUCCCCUUCUCCUGCUGCGUCAAAGAUCCUGCCGAAGACGUCCUUAACACACAGUGUGGCUACGACGUCAGACUUCAAGGGGAGUUGGACCAGCAGAAGUACAUCUACACUAAGGGUUGCGUGGGCCAGUUUGAGAGGUGGCUUCAGGACAACCUGAUCAUUGUAGCCGGGGUCUUUGUGGGCGUUGCACUUCUACAGAUAUUUGGGAUCUGCCUGGCUCAGAACCUGGUGAGUGACGUCAAGGCCGUGAAGGCCAACUGGUGACCCCAGGACCUUGGG